AUGAUUCAUCCAGCAGGUUACCGUGCUUUGCAAAUAGGAAUACUGCAUCUCUUUCCUUUGUGGCUGCAUCUGAAUCUCACACAUGCACAGUUCCGAUACUCCAUCCCUGAAGAAUUGAACAGGGGAGAAAUUGUUGGAAAUAUUGCUAAAGAUCUUGGAACAGAUGUAGCCAAACUAGUGGCUGCUAAUCUCCAGGUACUUUCUGAUUCUGAUUCCCAAUAUUUCUCUGUAAAUGUAAACAAUGGAGCCAUAUUGGUUAACGACAGGAUAGACAGGGAGCUUCUCUGUGGACAGAGUAUUAGUUGUAUAUUGAAUCUUAAAUUUGCUAUUGAAAAUCCAGUAGAGGUAUAUAGGAUUGAAGUUGAAAUACUGGACAUUAAUGAUAACUCUCCUCGAUUUCAGAGUGAUGAGCUUACUUUAAAAAUAAACGAACUAGCAUCACCAGGUGCUAGAUUUCUUAUCCCAAAUGCUCAGGAUCCUGAUAUAGGGUCUAAUGCUUUACAGGAAUAUCACCUUAGCCCCAGUGAAAAUUUUGCUCUUAUUGUUAAAAAGCGUACCGAUGGUAGUAAAUUUCCAGAGUUGAUUCUAGAAAAAGCUCUAGAUAGGGAACAAACAGCAGUCCACCACCUGGUUCUAAAAGCAGAAGAUGGUGGUGUACCGUGUAGAUCUAGUACAAUGCAAAUUACGGUUAUUGUUUUAGAUGCUAAUGACAACCAUCCCUCUUUUGAUCAACCAUCAUAUAAUGUCCAGCUAAAAGAAAAUGCCCCCAAAAAUUCACUUGUGAUAAAACUUAAUGCAACAGAUUUAGAUGAAGGGCCCAAUGGAGAAAUUGAGUACUUUUUCAGUAGUCAUAAUUCUGACGCUUUGAGUAAUAUUUUUCAACUAAAUUCAGAAACAGGAGAAAUACGUGUAAUUGGUAAUUUGGACUUUGAAGAACUUUCUGUUUAUGAAAUUGAUAUUGAGGCUAGAGAUAAAGGAACUCCCAUAAUGGAGGAACACUGCAGUGUAAUUGUGCAUAUUAUUGAUGUAAAUGACAACACUCCUGAGAUGAUUAUAAGUGCAUUUUCUAGUUCUGUUCCAGAAGACUCACCUGCUGGGACAGUAGUUGCAGUGAUUACUAUAAAAGAUAAGGAUCAUGGAGAAAAUGGUAGAGUACAAUGCCAAGUUGACAAAAAUCUUCCAUUCACAGUAAGGGAAGAUUUUGAGCAUCAGUUUUCCUUGAUCACAAGUGAACAGCUAGAUCGUGAAAGUAUUUCUGAAUAUCAUAUUACAAUAGCUGCAAGAGAUAUGGGUAACCCCCCACUUUCCACAGAGAAAGUAAUCUCAGUUGGAAUUUCUGAUGUAAAUGACAAUGCACCUCAAUUUGUUGAACCAGUUUAUGAAGUCUUUGUAGAAGAAAAUAAUAAAGCUGGAGAAUUAUUGUGUACAGUUUCAGCUUUGGAUCCAGACCUUGAUCAAAAUUCACGCCUUUCUUAUUCAAUUUUGCCAAACCCAAAAGAGGAUUAUUCUGCUUCCUCACAUAUUUAUAUCAACUCAGAAAAUGGGCAAAUUUAUUUAAAGUUUCCUCUUGACUAUGAAAGAAUUAAUUACUUCCAGUUUCAAGUAGAAGUAGCAGAUGCUGGCUCUCCACCACUCAAAAAUAAGACUGUUGUGCAUGUUUUUGUUCUAGAUCAAAAUGACAAUGCCCCAAUGAUUGUAUUUCCUAUAGUUGGAGGUAAUUCAGUUGCCCAGUGUAAAAUUCCACGUUCCACUGGACCAAAUGUUAUGGUGAGCAAGAUAUCAGCUGUGGAUCAUGACUCUGGUCGUAAUGCAUGGCUUUCAUACAACAUACUUGAGGCAACAGAUCCUACCCUGUUCAGCAUUGUCUUAAGAACUGGAGAAAUAAAGACUAAACGUGCCAUUCAAGAUGUUGAUCCAAUUGUUCAUGAGCUCCUUCUUCUAGUGAAAGAUUCUGGAGAGCCAAGUUUAUCCACUUCUGUCACAGUAAUGAUGACCCUAGAAGACAAAGAUUUAGAAAUAUCCCAAGGUGUAAAAGACCAUUCCAAAAAAAGGAAUAUUUCUAGCCUAACUCUGUAUCUGAUUGUAUGUUUGAUAGUUAUUUCAGUGAUCUCAUUAAUUGGUUUGGCAGCACUUGGAAUUAAAAUUCAUAAAUGUGAAAACAAGAACUUCCCACUAUGCUGUCGGCAAAGUCAAAAGAAAACCAUGGUAACAGGAACAAAACUUCAUGGAACUUUCCAACUUCACCCAAGUCUUUGUAACACUAUAAUAGGGGUACGUGUGGAUUGUGCUGGAAAUAUUCCAUCUAAUCGAAGGGUCAGAACAUGUUUCUCCCCAGUCUCAGAUAUUAGUGAGUUUAUGUUUAUGAGGCCACCUCAUGUCACUGCUAACUCCUCCUCCCCAGGGAUAUUGGUUCCAGAUCCUAACUUCACCAUUGCUUCCAAUGAGGUGAGCUCACACAAUUUGCCAUUACAUGAAAGCAAAAGCAAAAUGAAUGUAGUUAAAAAUUUUAAUUUUUCAUUUUUCAUGGCAUUUGUGAGCAGUGUGGUGAACAUAUUACCAACCAUUCUACCAUUUCAAACCAUUAUCCCAUAA